AAUAAAAUGCCGAAGAAAGGUGGCUACAGGAAGAAGAAAAGAACCCAUGUCGAAGAAGACCCUGAUGAUGAUGAAUACAUCCCAAAGUCAUUCAUCAUCAGAAGAGGCAAAAUCGGUCGAUUCGCAACAGAGUUAGUCAAGGAUAUGAGGAAUUGUAUGUACCCAAACACAGCAAUUAACCUACAUGAGAGGAAGAAUAAUAGCCUCAAGGACUUCUUGGGUGUUUCUGGGAUGUAUGGAGUCACUCAUAUGAUGAUCUUCACUGCUACAGAGAAAUCUAAUUAUAUGAGAUUGAUCAAAAAUCCAAAAGGACCAACUCUUACUUUUAGAAUUAAGGAUUAUUGCUUAAGCAAGGAUAUCAUCUCGUUUAAUCAAGAGCAUAAGAGAAAGAACAAGAUCUUCACUGAGAAGUUCACCACAGCUCCAUUGUUGGUCAUGAGUGGGUUUAACAAUCUUGAAGAGGAUGACUCCUUCAAGCUUGUGACAGCAAUGCUUCAGUCAUUAUUCCCACCUCUAAAUGUUGAGAAGAUCAAACUUGACGAAUGUAAAAGAGUAGUGCUCUUCAACCUCAUUAGACCAGAUGAUGGAACUGCUCCAUAUAUCGAAUUCAGACACUAUGCUCUUCAUGCCAGACAGAGAGAUGUAAACAGGGGAAUAAAGAGAUUAGUCAAUAAUAGCAGACUUCCAAAUCUUAGCCGUAUGGGUGACAUUGCAGAUUACAUUCUUGGAAAGAAAGCAGGAUAUUACAGUUCAGAAAGUGAAGCUGAUGACCUUCCUAACUCUAAGGUUGAAUUAGCCCAAGACUUCCAAGGCAAGAAAAAGAGCAGUAAUGUUGCUAUCAGAUUAUAUGAAGUUGGCCCAAGGAUGAAACUCGACUUGCUCAAGAUCCAAGAAGGUUUCUGUUCAGGCAAUGUGAUUUACCAUCAGCUAGUUCAAAAAUCAAAGAAAGAAAUUCUAGAGACAUCCAGAGAACUAAAGAAGAAGAGGAAGGCUAAAGAAGAGCGUAAGAAGGAGCAAGAAGAAAACAUCAAAAAGAAGGAGAAAGAGCUCGGCUUCGACAGUGAAUCCGAAUUAGAAGAAGUUGACGAAUCCAAACUCACUAGAAAACAAAGAGCCGCUAGGAAGAAGAAAGUGGCAGAGGUUACCAAUCUUAAGAAAGUUAAAUUUGCUGAAGACAAAGAAGAAGUGUUUUAAGUUUUCAA